UUUGUCUCAGUCUUCAUCUCUUUCUCAUUUUCCCUACCGAAGUCUUCAUAUCUUUCUCUCUGUCAACCAUCUCUUUCUCUCUGUCUCAUUUUCCCUAGCUCGGACCGAACCAUCUCUUUCUCUCUAUCUCAUUUUCCCUAGCUCGGAUUAAAGCAUUGAAACAGGUGUGGUCUGAAUUCCAUCUUCGAUAUUGGAGGAGACCAUGAUAGCAGCAGUGAUGUUCAGUCACAGAUAGAAAGGGCCUUUUCAGAUGGGGGACACUCCCGCUUACAAGCAGUACGUCACCGGCUUACUCGCUGGAGUUUCCACCGUCGCCAUUGGCCAUCCCUUUGACAUCGUAAAGGUGAAGCUGCAAAAACACAAUACUGAAGCACAUGGGAUCAAGUACAAGAAUAGUUUGCAUUGUACUGCUAGGAUACUAAGGAUUGAAGGAAUUAGAGGACUUUAUAGAGGUGCUACAUCAUCUUUUGUGGGGAUGUCUUUUGAGAGUUCCCUCGUUUUUGGCAUUUAUUCCCAGACGAAAUAGUUUCUG